AAAAAAAAAAAAAAAAAAGACAACAUCAAGUUCAUGUGAAUUCUGAUGUCUGAAUUCUUUUAGGUUAUUUAUCCAUGUGAUUUAUUUGAGAAUACGUAGUGAUUUUGUUGAUAAAAAAUAAAUAAAACACAUUAAAAUGCAACACGACGAUGUUGUUUGGGCGAUUAUCAACAAAACUCACUGUUCCCAUAAAGUAACGACAAAAACGCAGCAGUUCUGUCGGAAUGAGUACAAUUUAACAGGUCUGUGUACUAGGUCAUCAUGUCCCCUAGCGAACAGCAAGUAUGCGACCAUCAGAGAGGAGAACGGUAUUAUAUAUUUGUAUAUGAAGACAGCCGAGAGGGUAAUGUUUCCGGCCAAACAAUGGGAAAAAGUGAAACUUUCAAGAAAUUUUGAGAAAGCUAUUUACCAGAUAAAUGAAAAUUUACUCUAUUGGCCCGCAUUUAUUAAAGCAAAAUGUAAACAAAGAUUUGUUAAAAUUACACAGUACCUUAUACGGAUGAGAAAGCUGAAACUAAGGAGAGUGAAAGAAUUAGUACCAAUUCAAAGGAAGAUCGAACGGCGCGAAAGAAGAAGAGAAGAAAAGGCAUUGGUUGCUGCGAGAAUAGAUAAUGCUAUAGAGAAACAGUUGCUUGACAGACUGAAGAAGGGCACUUACAAUGACAUAUACAACUUCCCGCAAAUGGCGUUCGACGCGGCGCUCAAAGAAGAAGAGAUAUCCGGCGAGAGUGAGAGUGAGAAGGAAGAUGAGGAAGAAAUGGAAACAGAGAGAGAGAUGGAGCCAGAGUUAGAGAGAGAGUUGGAGAAAGCUGUGGAACAGACUGAUGAGUUUGUGGAAGCCGAUAGUGAUAUGGACAGUGAUGUGGAUAGCGACUCUGGCAAGAAAGAAGGUGCGGAUGUUGAUAGUAAUUUCGAAUCUGAGACAUCUGACAUAGAGGACAUCGCACAAUCCAUGGCGAGCAGAAAGAAACCUCGCGUCGAGAUAGAGUACGAAACAGAACCAGUUGCAAGCGUUUCCAAGAAGAAAAUAAAACAUUGACAUUUUAUCCCAUGAA